AUGGAAGUGAUCGCUGACGGAGAUCGAGCAGUUAUUGGCCACGAUGGAAUAUAUAAAAUCAUGGUAGUGAAGAAGGGCAAACAUGCCUCGUUUGCAAAGCAUAAAUUUUCAUGGGACGCCUGCAUUGGAAGUAGUUGGGGACAUACCUGGCAAAUACAACAAGGACAUUUGGAGAAGCUAGAUAUUGCUGAGGCCUGUGGAGAAAAUGUCGUCUCGAAGGUCCUUGGGAAUAUUCAAUCAGGAGCGGACAACCGAAACGCUGCAGAUUUGUCGCAGAAGGGCCAGAACUUAGAAAGAGAGCGCAUCAUGGAGAUGCGAGAAGAACAGAAGGGCGAAGAACUUAUUGAAAAGAUCGCAAGAGGAAAUGCCGAUUUCGAAAGCAAGACACGAUUUACCCAAGAGAAGUUUGUCAGGCACAAGCAGAAGAAGCACGGUGGACGAAUUGAGAUCUUGAAGCCGUCAAUGAAAUUGAUCGUGCAUCAGAAACUCGCAACAGAAAGGACGAAAGGAGCUUACUUGGAUGUACAGGAGUUCGCUACAAUUAUGGCGAUGGCAAAUAUCCAUGCAAAUUCGAAAGUUCUGCUUGCUGACCACUCAUCGUGUUUCAUGACUGGAGCAAUAUUAUCAAGAACGCCUCUGGAAUACCCGCCAGACAAGAUCAACAUGGCAAAGAAAUAUUGUUUCCCCUUUGACGACAAAACUGGAGUUCAGUAUCUGCCGAAGAAAGAGACGUUUACUUUUAUAAUGACUGAUAUAUCUGGUGCGCAUAUUUUUGGGUAUUGCUUGCUAGACAACUCAAAUCCAGACUCGUGUAUUGUUUAUUGCAUUCUAAGUUCGCUGUCUUGGCGAUCUUCAUUCUACGACAUUUUGCGGUUCAUUGAAAGUCAGAAUAGCAAUCCCAGUGUCCAAGCGCAAAUUCUACAAAUUUUGAAAACUUCAAAUAUUCCGACGGCGGAAUGCCCACUCGAAGUGAUUCCAAACCGCAUUAUACUCAAGCCACCAGAAACCAUGUUUCCAGAUAUCUUCGGCAAUGUUUCUACAAUGGUGCUACGCUCGUCCCUUACACCCAGACUAGUGAUAGAAAUUUGGGUGGCGUUGCUUUUCGAGCGGCGGGUGAUCUUCAAAAGUACGAGUUUGUCCACUCUGACGGAUACCACUUCUGCGCUCGAAGAGUUACUUUAUCCUUUCAAAUGGACAGGAAUCUAUAUCAUGCCACUGCCGGAAGAUCUAAUGGAUUACGCUAGUGCACCGACUCCAUAUAUGAUAGGCGUGCACUCGUCGCUUUAUCAAUCUCUGCUGGAUAAAGUCGGCUCUUCUAUUGUAGAAGAUGGCGUCUGUGUGCUAGACCUUGACCAGCAAGCGUUCUACUCCAUCGAGAAGGAUAGAGACCUUGAGCUUAUCCCGAAGAAGUUCAUGAAAGAGCUUGAGAAAACUUUCAAAUCUUGGGAGCAGUUUACUGGAAAUGAGAUACAAAGUGCUUUUCUGACGCUUCAAGCUAGGCUUUUGUACUACUACCGCCAAGGAUUCCAGAUCAAAGAUGACAAGAUUGUAUAUUCGAAGGAUUUGUUUGUAGCUGCGCACAAUGAUAAAUCUCACCGUUCUUUUGCAGAGGCGAUCAUCGGCGUCCAAAUGUUUGAGCAAUUCAGCCAGCAGCGACUUGACGAAGUCAACACUAAAAACACAUCGAAACGGAACGCUCUCGAUGAGCGAAUUGCAUCACUAGAAGAUCUAGGAUUGAAAAUGCCCGACUUCAAGCAGCUUGGUCAGAACAGCCAGAGCAUGGUGAACAAGCUCUUUGAUAAGACUAUGUCAAAAACGAAACAGAUCGUGUCAGAAACACCUAGACGGGUUGGCAGUAUUAAAGGACCCAUGUCGAACCGAACACCACGAGUUGUCCAAGCUGAGGAGCUUGUGUUCGACUUUUCUCCAACAGACGCCGCGGCAGAACAAGUCAAACCACAAAAGCCAAGCAGACCACCACCUCCUGCGCCCGCAACUCUUACAAAUACGAAUCCGGUUCCUACAAAACCAGAACGCAAUAACGUGCCAAUGCAUAUUCCCAGCUUAAUCGACUUCGAUAACCUUCAUAUUUCACAAAAUCAUAAUUCUGCUGCACAGCCCCCAGUUCCAGCACCGAGAACGCAAAUGACGACGUGCCAGACAAACUCAUCUUCAAGCAACCGCCACGAUUUAUCGGAAUUCGAUCCUUUAGCCUAA